CCUUUCAACCCUGAGAAGAGAGGGAGGAAGGAUUCCUCCUCUUUCCUUACGAUAAAAUGGCUUCUAUUCCUGGGGAUCUGAUUUGGGAGAUCGUGAAGAAAAACAACUCCUUUCUUGUGAAGCAAUUUGGGAACAGUACUGCCAUGGUGCAGUUUAGCAAGGAAAGAAACAAUCUCUACAAUGUUAACUCCUUCAAGUACUCGGGUCUGGCAAACAAGAAGACAGUGUUGAUUCAGCCAGCAGGGAAAGAUCUUUCUGUUGUGCUUGCAACGACGAAGACAAAGAAGCAAAACCGUCCUGCAAAUCUGUACCAUAGGUCAGUCAUGAAGAAGGAAUUCCGACAGAUGGCAAAGGCUGUUGUUAACCAGGUAUCAGACAACUACUAUCGGCCUGAUCUGAAAAACUCAUCUCUAGCUAGGCUGAGUGCUGUGCGCAGAAGCCUUCAGGUUGCCAAGUCUGGAGUCAAGAAGAGGAACAGGCAGGCUGUUAAAGCUCCUAGGAAGUGAGUGAUAUUUUUGUCGCCGCUGUUUUUUUGACCCUUUUUUAUCCUUUGGGAAGUAUACUGCUUGAAGCAAAUGAGAUCAGACAUGCAUUUUUUUUCUUCUGUUGCUCAACUGCUAAGCGCAAGAUGUUUCUUCUGAUUUUUUGCCCACUAUAAACCAUUUAUUCCUGGUAUUACUGCUUUA